UUCGGGUUGCUAGCUGGGGACAGGGAUCCGCGCGCGUCUUCCCGCGGUCUGCUCGCCCAGGAGCGGAACCGGGAGCCCUGGCCUCCUGGGGGCUCCGAGGAGCUUCCCUCUGCGACUCCCGCCAGGAGACGAGUCUGCCCGGUGGGGUGGCCGCCGACCCCCGACCCUCCGCGCACUCCCUCCGGCGCCGGCGGCUCAGCCCAGCCCCGUUCGGCCGGCCGAGGGACUCCAAAUGACAGAACUGGGAGGUAUCUGAAAGCUCGAGUCCAGCCCUCCCAUUUGACAAAAGGGUAUACUGAGGCCCAGGAGAAGGAAAGACUUGCCCAAGUUCAAAUAGGAGACAAAGCCCCAUUAUCAUGGAAGAACUGGCAGCUGCAUCAUUGUGGAGGGCGUGCUGAGGCUGAGGCCAGUGUCAGUCUCCCCCCACCCCAGAGCAAGGGCCUCUGUGCUGGCCCCAGGGGCUGAGGGGUACUGAGCCCACCUCCUGGACAGACACCUGCUCUCCACUAUCCAUGCCUGAGCCAUCACUCAGCAAGGGAACCAAGAAGCCUUCCCUGGAGCCACUGACCUGUGUGGGCACCAAAGGCUAUGGACACAGAGGAUGACCCCUUGCUGCAGGAUGUGUGGCUAGAGGAGGAGCAGGAGGAAGAAGAAGCAACGGGUGAGGCCUUUCUGGGGGCCCAGAAGCCAGGGCCCCGACCUGGGGCAGUGGGGCAGUGUUGCUGGCAGCACUGGCCCUUACCUUCCCGGCCCCCAGCCUCGGGCUUCUGGAGUACCCUGGGCUGGGCCUUCACCAAUCCGUGCUGUGCUGGGCUGGUGCUCUUCCUGGGCUGCAGCAUCCCUAUGGCCCUGUCAGCCUUCAUGUUCCUUUACUACCCACCGCUGGACAUUGACAUCUCCUACAACGCUUUUGAGAUCCGCAACCACGAAGCAUCGCAGCGUUUCGACGCCCUCACCCUGGCACUCAAGUCCCAGUUUGGAUCCUGGGGGCGGAACCGGCGCGAUUUGGCCGACUUCACCUCCGAGACGCUUCAGCGCCUUAUCUCAGAGCAACUGCAGCAGCUGCAUCUCAGCAACCGCUCACGGCAAGUUUCCAGAGCCCCGCGCGUCAUCCCGGCGGCCUCACUCCGCGGCCCAGGACUGUCCCAGGACACUUCCACGGCCCAAAAGCCCCCAGCCAAUCGGAGCGGGAGACUUCGGCGUGAGACCCCGCCCCUGGAGGAUCUGGCAGCCGACCAGACCAAAGACCCGCGGAACCAGCGGCUGAGCAAAAAUGGGCGGCACCAGCCCAGCGUCCUGCCCCCCGCGGCAGCCGCGGCCAAUCAGAGCCGUGCCCGCAGAGGAGCCUCGCGCUGGGACUACUCGCGCGCUUACGUGAGUGCCAACACGCAGACACACGCGCACUGGCGCAUCGAGCUCAUCUUCCUGGCGCGCGGCGACGCAGAGCGCAACAUCUUCACCAGUGAGCGGCUAGUCACGAUCCACGAGAUCGAGCGCAAGAUCAUGGACCACCCGGGCUUCCGGGAGUUCUGCUGGAAGCCCCACGAGGUGCUUAAGGACCUGCCGCUGGGCUCCUACUCCUACUGCUCGCCACCCAGCUCGCUCAUGACUUAUUUUUUCCCCACCGAGAGGGGCGGCAAGAUCUACUAUGAUGGCAUGGGCCAGGACCUAGCGGACAUCCGGGGCUCCCUGGAGCUGGCCAUGACUCACCCUGAGUUCUACUGGUACGUGGAUGAGGGCCUCUCUGCAGACAAUCUGAAGAGUUCCCUCCUGCGCAGUGAGAUCCUGUUUGGAGCUCCCUUGCCCAACUACUACUCAGUGGAUGACCGCUGGGAGGAACAACGGGCUAAGUUUCAGAGUUUCGUGGUCACCUACGUGGCGAUGCUGGCCAAGCAGUCUACCAGCAAAGUCCAGGUUCUCUAUGGGGGAACAGACCUGUUUGACUAUGAAGUGCGCAGGACGUUCAACAAUGACAUGCUCCUGGCCUUCAUCAGCAGCAGCUGCAUCGCUGCCCUGGUCUACAUCCUCACCUCCUGCUCAGUGUUCCUGUCCUUCUUCGGGAUUGCCAGCAUUGGUCUUAGCUGCCUGGUGGCCCUCUUCCUGUACCACGUGGUAUUUGGUAUUCAGUACUUGGGCAUCCUUAAUGGGGUGGCCGCCUUCGUGAUCGUGGGCAUUGGUGUGGACGACGUCUUUGUGUUCAUCAACACCUACCGCCAGGCCACCCAUCUGGAAGACCCACAGCUGCGCAUGAUUCACACCGUCCAAACUGCAGGCAAGGCCACCUUCUUCACCUCCCUGACCACAGCUGCCGCCUAUGCAGCGAACGUCUUCUCCCAGAUCCCAGCCGUCCACGACUUCGGCCUGUUCAUGUCUCUCAUUGUGUCCUGCUGCUGGCUGGCCGUGCUUGUCACCAUGCCUGCAGCUCUGGGCCUCUGGAGCCUCUACCUGGCACCGCUGGAGAGCUCCUGCCAGACCAGCUGCCACCAGAAUUGUGGAUGCAAGAGCUCCCUGCACUUCCCUGGAGUCAUGUUUGCAGCUCCUGAGCAGGCUGGCAGCAGUCCCACCCAGGGCCCCAUGCCCUACCUGGAUGAUGACAUCCCCUUGCUGGAAGUCGACGAAGAGCCAGUGUCACUGGAACUGGGAGACGUGUCCCUGGUAUCCGUGUCCCCCGAGGGUCUGCAGCCAGCCUCCAACAUGGGCAGCCGCGGCCAGCUCAUUGUGCAGCUGCAGGAGCUGCUGCACCACUGGGUCCUGUGGUCAGCUGUCAAGAGCCGCUGGGUGAUCGUGGGGCUGUUCGUCUCCAUCCUCAUCCUGUCCCUGGUGUUCGCCAGCCGGCUCCGCCCCGCCAGCCGGGCCCCGCUGCUCUUCCGGCCCGAUACCAACAUCCAGGUGCUGCUGGACCUCAAGUACAACCUGAGCGCCGAGGGCAUCUCCUGCAUCACCUGUUCAGGCCCAGCCCGGGAUGCCCUGCUGUCAUUGAUGUGGCGUUGGGGGGCAGGUCUGUUUCAGGAGAAGCCUCACAGCCUGCAGAACAACAUCCGGACGUCCCUGGAGAAGAAGAGGCGAGGCUCAGGGGUCUCCUGGGCCAGCCGGCCUGAGGCCACCCUGCAGGAUUUCCUGGGCACUGUGUACAUCUCUAAAGUGAAGAGUAAAGGCCACCCUGCUGUCUACAGGCUCUCCCUCAAUGCCAGCCUGCCUGCUCCUUGGCAAGCUGUUUUGCCUGGGGAUGGAGAGGUGCCCUCCUUCCAGGUAUAUAGAGCGCCUUUUGGUAACUUCACCAGGAAGCUGACCGCUUGUAUGUCUACAGUAGGGCUGCUCCAGGCGGCGAGCCCCUCCUGCAAGUGGAUGCUGACGACCUUGGCCUGUGAUGCCAAGCGGGGCUGGAAGUUUGACUUCAGCUUCUACGUGGCCACCAAGGAGCAGCAGCACACCCGGAAGCUGUACUUCGCCCAAUCCCACAAGCCCCCCUUCCAUGGGCGUGUGUGCUUGGCUCCCCCUGGCUGCCUGCUCAGCUCCAGCCCUGAUGGACCAACCAAAGGCUUCUUCUUCGUGCCUAGUGAGAAAGUGCCCAAGACCCGUCUCUCAGCCACCUUCGGCUUCAACCCCUGCGUGAACACGGGCUGCGGGAAGCCAGCGGUGCGGCCGCUGGUAGACACCGGGGCCAUGGUCUUCGUGGUCUUCGGCAUUAUUGGCAUCAACCGUACCCGGCAGGUGGACAACCACGUCAUUGGAGACCCGGGCAGCGUUGUCUAUGACAGCAGCUUUGACCUCUUCAAGGAAAUUGGGCACCUGUGUCGUCUCUGCAAGGCCAUCGCAGCCAACUCCGAGCUGGUGAAGCCGGGCGGGGCCCAGUGCCUACCCUCAGGCUACAGCAUCUCUUCCUUCCUGCAGAUGCUGCACCCUGAGUGCAAGGAGCUGCCUGAGCCCAACCUGCUCCCGGGGCAGCUGUCCCAUGGGGCAGUGGGCGUCAGGGAGGGCCGCGUGCAGUGGAUCUCCAUGGCUUUCGAGUCGACCACGUACAAAGGCAAAUCCUCCUUCCAGACAUACUCGGACUACCUGCGCUGGGAGAGCUUCCUCCAGCAGCAGCUGCGGGCCUUCCCUGAGGGCUCAGCCCUGCACAGGGGAUUCCAGACCUGUGAGCACUGGAAGCAGAUCUUCAUGGAAAUCGUAGGGGUGCAGAGCGCCCUGUGUGGCCUGGUGCUGUCCCUGCUCAUCUGCGUGGCCGCGGUGGCCGUGUUCACCACCCACAUCCUGCUCCUGCUACCCGUGCUCCUGAGCAUCUUGGGCAUCGUGUGCCUGGUGGUGACCAUCAUGUACUGGAGCGGCUGGGAGAUGGGCGCGGUGGAAGCCAUCUCCCUGUCCAUCCUUGUUGGCUCCUCCGUGGAUUACUGCGUCCACCUGGUUGAAGGCUACCUGCUGGCUGGAGAGAACCUGCCCCCCCACCAGGCUGAGGAUGCCCGAUCGCAGCGCCAGUGGCGUACACUGGAGGCCGUGCGACACGUGGGCGUGGCCAUCGUUUCCAGUGCCCUCACCACGGUCAUCGCCACAGUGCCCCUCUUCUUCUGCAUCAUCGCCCCAUUUGCCAAGUUCGGCAAGAUCGUGGCACUCAACACGGGCGUGUCCAUCCUCUACACGCUGACCGUCAGCACUGCCCUGCUGGGCAUCAUGGCGCCCGGCUCCUUCACCCGGACCCGGACUUCCUUCCUCAAGGCCUUGGGUGCUGUGCUACUGACAGGGGCCCUGGGGCUGGGCGCCUGCCUCGUGCUCCUGCGGAGCGGCUAUAAAAUCCCCCUGCCCGCAGGGGCCUCCCUAUAGCCCGGACCGGGCUCUGGACACUUGCACCUUUGGUCCCAUGGGUGGGAGACAGGAGCUGCUUCCCAGCUGGGCUCCGGCUAGCUGUGUCCACAAGCCUGGGCCUGGGGCCAGCGUGGAGGCUGACAUCCAUACAAAUGGUGUGGACCAUGCUGCCUUUUUGGAGCUGGGAGUUGGAGAUGGCCGCCACCCCACAGGCCGGGCUGCUGGCAGCUACGCUAGGCUUUUUGCCCAGUGGCAGAAGAAACCAGCCCUCCUUCCAUGCCUGGUCACCAUGGGGGUCAGGUGACUUUUGUAGGGGAUCUCCCUCUUACACUGCCUCAGUGCUCACAGCCUUCUGGUGUGGACGUUACAGGGUGGCCCCCAUUCUACUGAUGUGAAAACUGAAGCACCAGGACACAGUGACUGCCCUGUCGCUGGAUCGGUGGCAGAGCCAGAGCUGCCUCCGAGUCCCAUGCUGCCCUCGGGGUCUUUCAGGACGAGCACAGUGGAUUUGGUGUGGGGGGGGAGCCUCACACCCCCUGGCCCCCCAUAACCCUCCCCUUCAGCUUUAUGGCGGCCAGUGCUGAAUGGCCCUGUGGCCCUCCCUGGGCCUUUUGGUCCUGGCCAGAGAAGACAGAGGGACCUGGCUUGGGCUUCUGCAUGUCCUACCCCUGGCCGCAGUCUCAAGGGACCCCUUGAAGGCCCUCUUUGGGGGCUGUGGGGCUCAGCAUAGCUUUCCUCACAGAUCCAAGCCCUCAUAUUUCCUACCUACUCCAAGUGGAUGUUUUAGCGGGUGGCCGCUGUGGCGAGGAGCUGCCAUGCCUGCCACCUGCUCAUGGCAGAGGGUUCCUAUUAAAGUGACGUGGGAUUGUAGAUGCUGCUGUUAACAUGAGCGUUUUAAGCA